AUGCGCAAGGCUAUCACCAGAAGGCAAAGAAUGGACGCAGAAGAGUCAUUCACCAUCAAUCACCUAAUUCACCUGCUAGACGACCUCCUGUCAACAGAGGAGCUAUGGUUAGCAUACACAGGAGACUUACCAAACAAGAAGCCUUCGAACGACAUUAUCAAAACGAACCAUUCGUCACCUCGCUCAUGCAUGUACUGCCAUGAUGAGCACCCAUCCUUUACGUGCACGGCAUACCCAACCCCUCAAGCACGUUCUUCGUAUCUUAGGCAAAAGCAACUAUGCCUCUUGUGUGCUUCUCCAACACACAAAACUUCUGAAUGUAAAAGGCGGCCUUGCUUCAACUGCAAAGGACUCCACCAUACGUCAUGUUGCUAUAAACAAAAUCUAUCAAAACCAAGGGAACAGAUCCCAAAAAAGGCAGACAAUCCAGCAUUUCCAACAAGAAUUUCAGAUAAAACUUCCAAACCCAACAAAAGCAGCGGCGAGAACAUUUCAAAAAACAAUGCAAUGAUGCAAAUGACUACGACUAUUCAAGCAAAGGAACUGUUCCGACCAUCCCUACCCGUGGGUGAAAUCACUGUAAUUCACCCAGGUACAAGGAAAUUGAUGCAACUCGAGGUUCUCCUGGAUAGUGGAGCUGAAUUAUCGUUCAUCAAUAAAUCCCUAGCGGAAGAGCUUUCUCUCCCAGUCAUCAAGGAGGAGCUCAUGAGGAUAAAUACCUUUGGCUCCGAAGAAACCCGUCAAAGGUCUUGCAAGCUGGUCGAGUUGGAAGCUUGGGAUAAGGAAGGAGGCUUACACUCCUUGUGUCUCUACACAAACGAUGUGAUCACUUCUCCCUUAACCACUCCGCGUAUACCAGAAUCAGACAUUGAAACUAUACGAAAUCUGAACAUCCCAAUCCAAAAUCUCAAUAUCAAUAGACGAAACUCCAAGCCAGCAAUACUUCUCGGGUGCGACCAGAUGUGGUCAUUUAUCCGCACGGACACCACACCAAUAUCACUGCCUUCCGGACUAAUACUUCUCCCGACGAAAUUGGGCUACAUUGUCUCCGGAAGAGUACAGACCACGCCCAAUCAAAAUCAUCAACAUAUAUCCCUGACUUCCGCGGCUCAAGACGAAAGUAUGAAGUGGAACAACUACUGGUCCAUGGAUACCCACGUGAACACCAUCACUCCCUACGACAUAACAAUAUCGGAGCAAGAGCAAGAAAUGUGGGAGAAAUAUUGGACUUUAGACGCCGCCGGAACAGAAGAGUUCACGGGAUCCCAAGAACAAAUUCGUGACGAAACAGACAGAACGGUCUGGGAUAAAUUCAAUAACUCUAUAGAACAACGCGAUGACGGAUACUACGUCCGUCUACCGUGGAGAGAAAAUCAUCCAUCUCUUCCGGACAACUACGCAUUGGCGUACCGAAGGCUCGUCAAUGUUUGGACAUCACUGAAAAAGGACAGCAGUCUUCUCGAACAAUAUCACAACGUCUUCCACGAACAGCUUCAAAAAGGAAUCGUGGAGCCAGUAAACAAUAACACUGCACCUACUGGGAAAACAAUACACUAUUUACCUCAUCAGCCGGUAUUGACACCGCAGAAGAGGACGACAAAACUGAGGAUAGUCUUUGACGCCUCAGCACACUAUAAAGAAUGUCCCUCCCUCAAUGAUGUCCUACAUAGAGGACCUGUCCUACUACCGGUCUUAUACGGCCUACUGCUCAGAUUUCGGAUUGGAAAAAUAGCUCUCAUCUCAGAUGUUGAGAAAGCUUUCCUGCAAAUACGUCUACACGAAGCUGACAGAGACGCCACGCGCUGUCUGUGGCUCAAGGACUUCAGAAAGCCCCCGGACAAAAGCAAUAUCCAGACUCUCCGAUUUACCCGUGUCACGUUUGGGCUGAAAUCCUCCCCAUUUCUCCUAGCAGGAACGACACAAUACCAUCUGAACAAAUUCGUGGAGGAUGAGCUAGCACAGGAAAUCAAGGACAAUAUUUACGUCGACAAUUUGAUCCUGACAUCGGAUACACUCCAGGAAUCAACUGAGCUCUACAGAAAGGCUAAGCAGAUCUUCAUCGAUCUUGGCAUGAAUCUGCGGGAGUUUACGUCAAACAAUAGCACGGUGAUGCAAACAAUACAAGAGACAGACAAGGCCGACACUCCACAACCGAAAGUACUCGGAAUCAAAUGGAAUCCCCAAGCGGAUACCCUACUUGCGACAUGCUCUAUUCCGGAGGUUUCAACAGUCACCAAAAGAGCAAUAACAAGUGCAAUAGCAAGCGUCUAUGAUCCGUUGGGUUGGUUAGUCCCCUUACUUCAUAAAGCCCGAACAUUUCUCCAGUUCCUUUGGAAAGAGAAACACGACUGGGACAGCACUAUACCAGCCAACAAAGCAGCUGAAUGGACACAGAUUCUAGGCAAUAUUCAAGGGUUCAGCAAGGAAAUACCCCGGUUUCUCGCCUGUAGGAAGAGCACUGUGACACUGGUGACUUUCGCUGAUGCGAGUACAACAGGAAUAGCAGCUUGUGUUUACCUCUAUCAUCCAAUAACAAACUCUUCUGGACUGCUCAUGGCCAAAUCGAAGCUUCCUUCACUACAAGGGCAAACAACAAUACCAAAACUAGAACUCAACGCAUUCACUUUAGCAAUGCGUCUCAGCAACUCAAUCGUAACGCAGUUGCAAAAAGUCCUCAACAUUCAAGGAAUUUACGUCUUCUCUGACUCUGAAAUCGUCCUCAAUUGGAUCAAGAAGGGCCCCCAGCGCGAAAAGGGAGUGUUCAUACAUAAUCGGCUGGAAGAAAUACGACGAAUCGCAAACCACAUUAUUGGCCACGAACGCUUUGUCAAGUACGGAUAUGUUGCAUCCGAGGACAACCCUGCCGAUUGUGGAACAAGAGGUCUGACAUCAAAAGAACUCCCCAAUCACUUCUGGUGGACUGGACCCUGGUUUUUGCAGAAAGACGAGACGGAAUGGCCCGCAAAGAACACAAUAUUUGAAGCUCCGCAAGACACCAAAGGAGAGGAAAUCAGUAUCCCUCUCAGGAACCAUGACUACCCCGUCUUAUCUACCACACACGACACAUCAAUUCACGAUGACUUCGAACUAAUUCAGCGAGGCCACGUACGAACGCUCACCAAAGCUAAACGGAUUGUAGCGUACGCCAUGCGGUUCAUUAGAGUCAUCGCUGCUCGCGUUAAUGAAAAGAACAAUAAUAGCAGUAUACCUCUAUCACUGUUCAAUAGCGGAAUUAUUGAAAAUUCUGGACCCCUCACCGGCCAAGAAAUCGAGUUUGCUGGUAAGAUGAUAAUCAUGCACCAUCAAAAGACGAGGAUCACCAACUCCCUCAAACAGAAGCUGCAAUAUCUCAAUAUUCGACCAGAUGUCGAGGGCAUUUUGCGAUGCUAUGGACGACUGGGAAAAGCUCAACUACCCAUAGGAGCUAAGUAUCCCAUAUUCGUCUUACAAAAGACAUUGCUUGCGGAAAUUAUCAUCCAGGACAUUCAUAAUAAAUAUCACCCAGGGACAAAUCACACAAUGUCUCUCGUGCGACAACGAUACUGGAUCCCUCAGCUUCGUUCUCAAGUAUAUCGACUGAUAAGAAAAUGUCUCCAGUGCCAGAAACUGAACAAUUUGCCAUAUCAAUAUCCUGCUCAAGAAGACCUCCCGAAGGAAAGAGUAGUUAAAUCUUCUCCUUUCGCCCACAUCGGACUGGACUACUUUGGUCCGCUACCGAUCAAGCUGCCGAAUGGUGACAAAGGAAAGUGCUACGGCUCCAUAAUCACCUGUAUGGUCACGCGCCUACUGCACCUUGACAUUGUUACCGAUUCAUCAACCGUAGCAUUUUUGCAAAUGUUACGUAGAUUUUUCGCUCGACGAGGAGUGCCAAGAACAAUAAUAAGCGACAACGCCCCCACGUUUCUAUUGGGCGAAGCAAUACUACGAGAAAACUUCCCAACAGCUCCUACGGACCGAACGAUAGCGGAAGCAUUGAGCAAUAGAGAGAUUCGCUGGAAGCACAUAACGCCGUUCGCUCCUUGGCAAGGAGGUUUUUAUGAAAGACUUGUCAAAUCCGUAAAGCACUCUCUCUACAAAACCCUCCGUGGAUCAAUAGUAACGGUCGAAGAACUUUCAACAAUAGUCAUUGAAAUCGAAUCGAUGCUCAAUACUCGCCCUCUUACCUACAUCGGCAAGGACAUGGACACGACUCAAAUCCUGCGCCCAAUAGAUUUCCUCCAGAAAGAUGUGGAAAUCAUAUUUCCACCCUUGAGACGGGGAGAAGAAAGAUCUGACGAAUUUUACUUUCCUCCCGGAGAAAUACCUUCGAUACAAACAAGGAAUCAAGCAAUAGCAGCUCUUGAAACUUCGUGCAAACUUACAGAGAGGUUCUGGCAAAUCUGGCAAGCUGAAUAUCUGACGAGUUUGCGAGAAAAACAUGACUCGGCGUUGGACCAUAAAAAAGGGUGCAGCAAGGAACCACGAGAAGGACAACUCGUACUAAUCUGCGAAGCAAUACUUCCACGUCAUUCUUGGAAAACGGGAAUCAUCGAGAAGCUCGUGAUGAACAAUCAAGGAAUAGUACGAGAAGCAGUAAUCCGUCUAGCAAACCGUCGCUUGAUUCGUCGACCUAUUAACCUCCUAGUUCCUCUAGAGUUGGAGGACGAAUAUCCAGAGCAAGCUCUGAGUACCAAUGAAUCCAAAACGCAACCACGAUAUAAUCUGCGCCAUCACAGACAAGUCAAUUACAACGACGACAACAACAAUACACAGAAUCAGCUGUCUUCAAGCACAGUUCACUGUUUCACCAUACUGCAAAUAGUAGUUUGCAUGGCGUUGCUGGGCACAAGCGAAGUGAUGGGCCUCGAAAACCACACCAUCCUCCAUCGAGACAUCAGACCCUCCGCAACAAUAGGGUGCCAGAUAUUACAAUACGAUCCGAAUCCACGAAAAUGGGGCAUAAACGUCGUCUACCCCAACCCAUGCACGGGAUUUCUCGAAAUUGACUAUCCCAGAACAAAAAGUGAAAUAAUCCAUUCUAUAUUUCAACCAAUGACUAAAAACAUCAAUAUAAAAGCAAUAUUAUCAAUACCCAUGACGUACAAUAUCUACGUACAGUACUCGUUCCAUCCUCGAUACAUG